AUGAUAGAGCACAAGAUUUCAGCCAGGUAUAAGGAAAAAUACGAAAUGUUCAUAAGGGAGAAAGUGAGAGAGUUGAGUGGGGAACUAAAUGAAAUGGCAGAACAGUGCCGUAGUAUAGAGGAUGAACGGAACGGUAUGUCCGAAGCCAUGAAAACAUUAGGUAUACAAUCAGUUGAGGACUGGAGAGAGUUUGUAAGGGUGGCUGAGAGAAACAGGGAGAUUCUGGCACAAGCAUGCAAUAUGCUAAAUACUGAUGUGCUUCAGGUGCCGACAGCCAUUCAAGACCUCAAAAAGAUGGGAGGUGAAACGGAUGAAGUCAAGCAGGGUGAGUCAAUGCAAACUGUAGUAGAUAUAGAGAAAACUACUUAUCAAAGAGAUACUUUGCAGCCCCAGCAGUACAAUCCAAGGCGGACUGGAGCGCUGUUCGAACAAAACUUAAACAAUUGUGUCGGGAUUACCCAGUUUGCAUUCAGGGGACAGGGACGUGGAACUAAGAGAGGUGUAUCGCUGCUGAGCCCACUUGAAAAAGGACAUCUGCUUUUCAAAUGCGGAGACGACUGUCUUAAGGAUCGAAAGCUCGGGGAUAUCGAAGGAAUUAGCUUCCCGGGUGCAGUAGCAAAGGAACGCAUCGAGAGAAUCUAUGGUCCGCCUGGCUAG